UGGUGAGCUGGAAUAAUAAAACCCCUGACAUCAUCAUUCCAGAAGCUUCACAAGACUGUGUAUAUAAGGGACUGGCUGUAGCUGCAGCUGAAGGAGCUGACCAGCCAGCUGACCCCCAUACUCACUAGCCACCAUGGACAUCGCCAUCCACCGCCCCUGGAUCCGCCGCCCUUUUUUCCCCUUCCCCUCCCCCAGCCGCCUCUUUGACCAGUUCUUUGGAGAGUGCCUGUUGGAGUCGGACCUCUUCCCAGCCUCUGCCUCCCUGAGCCCCUUCUACCUUCGGCCUCCCUCCUUCCUACGGGCACCCAGCUGGACUGACACUGGGCUCUCAGAGAUGCGCCUGGACAAGGACAGAUUUUCAGUGAACCUGGAUGUGAAGCACUUCUCCCCAGAGGAACUCAAGGUCAAGGUGCUGGGAGAUGUGAUUGAGGUGCAUGGCAAACACGAAGAGCGCCAGGAUGAACAUGGUUUCAUCUCCCGGGAGUUCCACAGAAAGUACCGGAUCCCAGCUGACGUGGACCCCCUUGCCAUUACUUCAUCCCUGUCAUCUGACGGCGUCCUCACUGUGAAUGGACCAAGGAAACAGGCCUCUGGCCCUGAGCGCACCAUUCCCAUCACCCGUGAAGAGAAGCCUGCUGUCACUGCAACCAAGUAGUAGAUGCCCUUCCUGUAUCUGCGUUUUUUAAAACAAGAAAGUUUCCCCACCAGUGAAUGAAAAUCUUGUGACUAGAGUUGAAGCUUAUUAAUACUAAGGGUAGGCCCAAAUUAUUAUGCUAAUAAAAUACCAGUCAGCAAACAAUAA